GAAGCCUUUAUCCUCACAGCGAGCUCCUGCACUCCUGUCUGCGUCCGGAUAACCGAGCCGUCUUCUCUGCUGUGCUGCUGGGAGCCAGAAUACAAACCCGACCAUGGAGGCCAUCAAGAAGAAAAUGCAGAUGCUGAAGCUGGACAAGGAGAACGCCAUAGACCGCGCAGAGCAGGCAGAGGUGGACAAGAAGGGAGCUGAGGACAAAUGCAAACUGCUGGAGGAGGAGCUGCUGGGUCUGCAGAAGAAGCUGAAAGGAGUGGAAGAUGAGCUGGACAAAUACUCAGAGUCCCUGAAGGAUGCCCAGGAGAAGCUGGAGCAGGCAGAGAAGAAGGCAACAGAUGCGGAGGCAGAGGUGGCCUCCCUGAACAGGAGGAUCCAGCUGGUGGAGGAGGAGUUGGACCGAGCUCAGGAGAGGCUGGCUACUGCUCUGCAGAAGCUGGAGGAGGCAGAGAAAGCUGCAGACGAGAGCGAGAGAGGAAUGAAGGUGAUAGAGAACAGAGCAACAAAAGACGAGGAGAAGAUGGAGAUCCAGGAGAUGCAGCUGAAGGAGGCCAAACACAUCGCUGAGGAGGCCGACCGUAAAUAUGAAGAGGUGGCACGGAAACUGGUGAUUCUGGAGGGAGAUCUGGAGCGUUCAGAGGAGCGCGCUGAGGUGGCUGAGGCUAAAUCGGCUGACCUAGAGGAAGAGUUGAAAAAUGUCACCAACAACCUGAAGUCUCUGGAAGCCCAGGCUGAGAAGUACUCCCAAAAGGAGGACAAAUAUGAGGAGGAGAUCAAAGUGCUGACAGAGAAGCUGAAGGAGGCUGAAACCAGAGCAGAGUUUGCAGAGCGGUCUGUCGCCAAGCUAGAAAAAACCAUCGAUGACCUUGAAGAUGAAGUGUAUGCUCAGAAACUGAAGGGCAAGGCUCUGAGCGAGGAGCUGGACCUGGCUCUCAACGACAUGACCACACUGUAGAGGCUCCUCUCAGAUCCUCCUCUGCUCUCCCUUCUCCUCCUUACGUCUUUCUUCCAAAGAGCAGCCAUUUUCUCCUUUCUUAAUCUGCUACCUGUCCUCAGGUCUCAAGUUAAAGUCAUGUAUGAAGUAUUUAUUAAAAUCUGCUUCCCUUCAUUUCCGUAAUAAAACUUUUUAUCAGGAUCUAA